GCAGGAGCUCGAGAGAAGCAUGGCUCAGAAGCAUGUUUGCGUGGUGGCCCUGGCGGCUGUGCUGCUCCUACUUUUCGCCACCGACUGCAGAUCAAUGGGCCUGAGGAGCCAGGAGCAUCAGAGGGCGUCGCGAAUCCCUUCUCAGUUCAGCAAAGAGGAGCGCGUCGCGAUGAAAGAGACGCUGAAAGGUGCCGUUCAGAUUCCAACAGUGUCUUUUGGCCCUGAGGAAUCCAAUAGUACUGCCCUGGCUGAGUUUGGAGAAUACAUUUACAAAGUCUUUCCUACAGUGCUCAGCACCAGCUUCAUCCAGCAUGAAGUCGUGGGAGAGUACAGCCACCUGUUCGCUGUCCUAAGCUCGGACCCCAGCUUGCAGCCCUGUCUGCUGCUGGCUCACUUUGAUGUGGUGCCUGCCCCUGCAGAAGGCUGGGAGGUGCCCCCGUUCUCUGGGUUGGAGCGUGAUGGCUUCAUCGAUGGUGGUGACACACUGGAUGACAAGAACUCUGUGAUGGCAUUCCUGCAGGCCUUGGAGCUCCUGCUGAUCAGGAAUGACAUCGCUCGAAGAUCUUUUCUCAUUUCCCUGGGCCAUGAAGAGGAGUCUUCAGGGGUUGGGGCUCAGAAGAUCUCAGUCCUGCUACAGUCAAGGGGCGUCCAGCUAGCCUUCAUUGUAGAUGAGGGGAGCUUCAUCUUUGAUGGUUUCAUUCCCGACCUCAAGAAUCCCUUCACCACGAUUGCAAACUCAGAGAAGGGUUCCAUGAACCUCAUGCUGCUAAACAUGACUCUAGGUCACUCUUCAGGUCCUCCAAAGGAGAUGAGCAUUGGCAUCCUCGAAGCUGCUGUCAGCCAACUGGAGCAGACACCACUGCCUAACAUGUUUGGAAGCUGGACACUGACAGCGACAUUGGAGCAACUGGCACAUGAGCUUCCCUUCCCUACCAAUAUAAUCUUGAUCAACCUGUGGCUAUUUAAACCCCUUGUAAGCAGGUAUUUGGAGAGAAAUUAUGUAACCAAUGCAAUGGUCAGGACUACCACGGCAUUCACCAUGUUCAAUGCAGGGGUCAAGGUGAAUGUCAUCACCCCACGGGCCACAGUCAACUUCUGGAUUCACUCUGCACAGACAGUCCAAGGGGUCCUAGAACUCACCAAGAAGAUUGUGGCUGAUGACAGAGUCCAGUUUCAUGUGUUGAGUGCCUUUGACCCCCACCCCAUCAGCCCUUAUGAUGACAAGGCCUUGGGCUACCAGCUGCUCCGCCAGACCACACAGUCUGUCUUCCAGGAAGUCAAUACUGUCACCCCAGGUACCUGUAUCGGCAACACAGACAGCCGACACUUUACAAACCUCACCACUGGCAUCUACAGGUUCAGCGCCAUCCAGCUACAGCCUGAAGGCUUCAGAAGCAUCCAUGGAAUCAACGAGAAAAUCUCAGUCCAAGCCUGUGAGAACCAAGUGAAAUUCUUUUCUGAGUUGAUCCAGAAUGCUGACACAGACAAGGAGCCAGUUUCUCACCAGCACAAACUGUGA